CUGAAAGACUUUGAUAGCUUUUUCUCUCUUCCCUUUUCUCCUUCUUAAUCCAUGGACACAGCUCACUGGCCACAGGGGAUUGGAGUUAAAUCCAUGGGAGCUGAAGUUCCUGAUUCAAGGCCUAUCUUAGAAAGAAGAGGAAGACCCCAAAAGGAUCAAGCUUUGAAUUGUCCAAGGUGCAACUCAACAACCACUAAAUUCUGUUACUAUAACAAUUACAGUCUCUCUCAGCCAAGGUACUUCUGCAAGACUUGUAAAAGGUAUUGGACUGACGGUGGAUCUUUGAGAAAUGUUCCAGUGGGUGGAGGCUCUAGGAAGAACAAGAGAUCUUCAUCUUCCUCACCAUCAACUUCCAAUUCAUCAAAGAAGCUUGCUCAUCAUGAUCUGGUGAUGACCCAACAAAGCGCUGAUUCUCAAAACCCUAAGAUCCACCAAGGUCAAGAUCUCAACCUAGCAUACCCACCAACAUCGGAUCACGAGUAUGAUCAUCAUAGCAUCUUUAACCCUAGCUCUUCUAGAAUUAGUACUUUAUCCCCUCAUAAUCUCUCGGCUAUGGAGCUGCUCAAAAGUACCGGGAUCAAUGCAUCAAGGGGAUUAAUGAACUCUUUCAUGGCUCCCAUGUCUGUAGCAGAUUCGAAUACUAUUACGAUGUUCUCUACUGGUAAUAAUCAUGGGUUUCCAAAUUUGCAAGAGUUUAAGCCAAGUCUCAGUUUUUCUCUUGAUGGGUACGAGAGUGGCUAUGGAAGUCUUCAAGGUGUUGGUACUAGUCAUCAUCAUGCAAGGCUGUUGUUUCCUACUGAUCAGGAUUUGAAGCAGAUUCCAAGCACUACUACUGAAACUACUACUACAAGUACUGAGUUUGAGCAAAAUAGAGGGGAAGGAGAUCAUUCUGGUGUGUAUUGGAAUGGAAUGUUAGGUGGAGGAUCAUGGUAAAAGAGGAACACAAUGAUGAUCAAGAAGAUGGUAUUUUGGUUUUGAUUUUCACAUGGGUGGUGGGUUGGGUUUGGACUUCGGAGUUUGAUAAGUAAAAUAACAGAUUAAUAGGGUAUAUGGGAUUUCUUUCUUCCUCUGUUAUCGGUCUUUUUAGUAAAUUUUCCUUCGGCUCCUCUCUCUCUCUCUCUCUUUCCUCUCACCGCUUUUCUUUUGAUGAAGAAAUUUUCUUCUUUCUGAUUUUGUGUUGCUUUAAGCACCAGCUAGUCGACUCUCUACUGAUGAAGUGCGUACGUGGUUGAAGCUUAUUGUUUUUGGUUGGCUUCAAAUGUGAUCAAGAUCACGAGGAAUGCUCAACUGCUAAAUGCUGUAUGAAGAUUCAUGAGUACAAGAGGAGGCCAAGCAAGUCCCAUAUUCCUUUUUAGGGUUCCCUAAUGAUGAUCAAGCAGAGAGAAGCAAGAGAGAGUGGUAAUUAGUUAAGUUAUGUACACGAAUGACUCGUGAUAUGUUCAUUCUAGUUAGAUUUGUGGUUUGAUUGUGUAUUCGCUAGACUGAUGGAUUAUCUACUUGUUUGAGGCAAUUAAAUUAAAGAAUGGUCGACUUGAAAUG